UGUGGGUAUUAUGCUCGAAGGGGAUGUCCCGAGGGAGCUUGGGAGAGUCACGAGUGUUUUGGUUUGUUUCCGUCUUGGCUUGAUAUGGAGCUCUUUAGAAAACAUCGCAUUAUACUUGGCUUUAUUUCGUGAUAAUGACGUGGAAGGAAGGGUUUGGCUCGCUUGAUAUUACAAAAGUUGACAUCUUUCUGUAGUAUUAACUACCACCGCCUUUAGCUUUCGAAAAAUAACAACAUUUCUCCAAGGAUAACAAUAUGAUUGUAUGGGAACUCUCUACUACCGGACCUACGAACCGAACGGUCCCCACUAUUAUUAUCGACUAUGCUAUUUGCACUGAAGUUCUGUACAAAACUAGUGGAUCUUGGAUUCGUAUCUGUGAUAUUGUACUAUUGGCGCCCAAUGCGAUGUUUAUGGUGUUCUUGUUUUACUCUCUUGGACUUGCUCACGCAAAGCUUGUAGGCACUCGAUGCCCGAUCGUCAAAACAAUAUACACCUUGGUAUUUGCCGUGUGUGUUGUCAGUGUGGCUAGAUGCUUUGCCUCAAUGCUUCUUACUGCCAGUUUUGUCAAGAGUCAUGAGGAUAGUAAAACCAUCAAGGCAUUCUGGCUGCUGUUAAGGUGUUUGUUAUUGUCUGUGGAACUAAGUGUUAUCAUAUUUGGAGUGUGUGCAGCUAAUCUGGACAGCCGAAGUAGUGUAAGAAGAGUCCUACUAUUCACCUCUGCAAGUGCUGUUCUUUUUACCUCAGCGCAGGCAGUGCUUGAAUUCACCCAAGAUGGCAUUCAUUCUCCAUAUGGCGGUACAUAUAACCUAUUCCAGCAUGGAGGCAUGAUCUUCUGGUUUGCCAGUUCUAUGUUAUUCUUUGUGAUGUAUUUUUCUCUUCUCAUUUUGCCUUGUAUCUCUUUUGGUAGAAGGCUCAGGUUGCCAGGUAAACCCUCGUUUUACAGAUAUUGCGGCUUUUUAGCUCUCAUCAACAUUCUACAGAGUAUUGGAAGUGCGCUGAUCUAUUAUCACAUCACUUUCGGUACUUGUAUCCUAGACGUGACUGUAUUCACUUAUUUUGCGCUCUUUGCACCCUUGGUGUACGUGACUUUUCUCGCAGAAUUCAUGAGCAGCCCAUCCCAGACAGUAUUGCAACUCAAGAGACGGAGAGAUUACCUGCCAAACCUACAUACGGGACAUAUACGUAACAAGUGUUACGUGGAACAGGCGUCACAUACGGGACAUGCGGGACAGUCGUCACAUACGGGACAUAUACGUAACAAGAGUUACGUGGAACAGGCGUCACAUACGGGACAUAUACGUAACAAGAGUUACGUGGAACAGGCGUCACAUACGGGACAUACGGAACAGGCAUCACAUACGGGACAUAUACGUGACAAGAGUUAGGUGAACAGGCGUCACAUACGGGACAUAUACGUAACAAGAGUUACGUGGAACAG